UCGGAUCGCGCCUUGGCCCUUUCCGUCAGCUAGUCAGGCAAAAUGUAUGGGACUCUGAGUACAUGACAAGAUAACGAAAAAGAUAGUAUAAAGGUCUCCUUAAAAACGAUGCAAAACUCCCGGGGCACAGUCGGUACGAGUAAAAAAACAGAGUAAAUAAUUGACGAGGGACCCCUCGGGAAUUGGUGUUGCUGUGCAUCGUGGUCCAUAUCCACACCUGGGCAGUCAACUCCAGAAAUCAGUCAUUGUCUGUCUCCAUUGUUGGUCUUGUCCUUGUUCGAAUCACCACACCCUUGCCAAAACCCCCCCCACCAGUCACCCCAUGCUAUGCGGAAUGCCAUGCUUUUCUGGCUUCUGUUCCUUGAAUGUGCUUAUUACCGGCCUCUGAAUUGGCCUGGUAAUCAGAAGCAGCCUCGACGGCGGCAGCGAAGGCAAAGCAGGAUGCACCCAGUUGCCCAAUUAAUUUGUAUAUUAUGGAGGAGCGUCGUGUCCAAACAACACUCAAGAAUCAGGCGUCGUCGCGGCGAAGUUGGUCAGCUGAGGAAUAAACCCAAGGGUCUGGCAAGAAGACCCUUCAGAGCCUUGGCAAGUAAGCACUGGAGCAAAGUCAGUCCAGCGCGCUCAAUUACUAACGUGCCACUCUACGAGCCGAUUAGGCUAAGCGUCAGCCACUCUAACGACGAAUGCAUUAUAGCACCGUUACUAUCGUUCGCAAUUGAAACUUCCAAGGGUGUUGACAGCAAGCUCGUUGAGAGAAAAGGAGCGUUCGAAGUAGGUGAGACGCAAUGCCCGUACAGCGGCUUCCAACGUCAUAAUCAUUGACUUCAAAGGUCUUCUUCGGAUGGAUCGGCAAUGUUGGUAACGCAAACCCGCUCUGCAAGGAUUGUGUUGGCUUACAC